ACAUGUUCUGGGAAUCCAGCCUGCCUGGUGAGUUUCUGAGUGGAUGAAUUGUGAAAAUCGGAGGACAGGCUAAGUUUAAUAACCAGGUUUAGCAGGCUGGUUGGUUUUCCCUCCUUCACCUGCAGCCCUUGCUCUUCUCUCUCUUUCUAAACACAGCGUCUCCUAUGGGCCUGACUGCCGACCAGCAAAUGCCAUGGAAUUUUGUGCUCAGAAACACCCCGCAGAGGAGGAAAGGCGAGUGAAGGCAAACGCUCGAGAAUACAAUGAGAAAUUCCAGUACGCGAGUAACUGCAUCAAGACGUCCAAGUAUAACGUGCUCACUUUCCUGCCCAUCAACCUUUUUGAGCAGUUCCAGGAGGUCGCAAACACUUACUUCCUCUUCCUCCUCAUUCUCCAGCUGAUUCCACAGAUAUCCUCGCUGUCUUGGUUCACCACAAUAGUGCCUUUGGUCCUGGUGCUGACCAUCACGGCCGUCAAAGAUGCCACGGACGACUACUUUCGCCACAAAAGCGACAAUCAGGUGAACAGCCGGCAUUCCCAAGUGCUGAUCAACGGGAUCCUCCAGCAGGAGAAAUGGAUGAACGUUCGCGUCGGUGAUAUCAUCAAGCUGGAGAACAACCAGUUCGUAGCGGUGAGUCCGGAAAGCAAUAUGAAAGUCCGACAGGCGAUCCCCGUGACGUCGGAGCUGAGCGACACCAGCCACCUGGCACACUUUGAUGGAGAAGUGAUUUGCGAACCCCCCAACAACAAACUGGACAAAUUCAGCGGGACGCUGUACUGGAAGGAGAGCAAAUACUCGCUGAGCAAUCAAAAUAUGUUGUUGCGUGGUUGCGUCCUUCGCAAUACAGAGUGGUGCUUCGGCCUGGUCAUUUUCGCAGGGCCGGACACCAAAUUAAUGCAAAACAGCGGCCGCACGAAAUUCAAGAGGACGAGCAUCGACCGUCUGAUGAACACUCUGGUGCUCUGGAUUUUCGGGUUCCUGGUGUGCAUGGGGGUGAUCCUGGCCAUCGGCAACUCCAUCUGGGAAUACGAAGUGGGCGCCUGCUUCCAGAUUUAUUUGCCUUGGGACAAGGUGGUCGACAGUGCCUUCUUGUCUGGGUUCCUCUCCUUCUGGUCUUACAUCAUCAUCCUCAACACCGUCGUUCCCAUCUCUCUUUACGUCAGCGUGGAGGUGAUCCGCCUCGGGCACAGCUAUUUCAUCAACUGGGACAAGAAAAUGUACUGCGGGAAACGGUGCACCCCGGCCGAGGCCCGAACCACCACGCUGAACGAGGAAUUGGGCCAGGUGGAGUACAUAUUUUCGGACAAAACGGGCACGCUCACCCAGAACAUCAUGGUCUUCAGCAAGUGCUCCGUCAACGGACGCAGCUACGGCGACGCGCUGGAUGACCUCGGGUACAAGGCUGAGCUCGGAAAGAGAACAGAUCCGGUGGAUUUUUCCUUCAACCCGCUGGCCGAUCCCACGUUCACCUUUUGGGACACGGGACUCUUGGAAGCGGUGAAGCUGGGCGACCUCCACGUCCACGAAUUCUUCCGCCUCCUCUCGCUCUGCCACACCGUCAUGUCCGAAGAGAAAUGCCCAGGAGAAUUGUACUACAAAGCCCAGUCUCCUGACGAGGGAGCCUUGGUGACCGCCGCCCGCAAUUUUGGCUUUGUCUUCCGUGCGCGCACCCCCAAGACGAUCACGGUCCAGGAACUGGGGCGGCCCGUGACCUACCAGCUCCUUGCCAUUUUGGACUUCAACAACGUCCGCAAGAGGAUGUCGGUCAUUGUGCGGAAUCACGAGGGGCAAAUCCGCCUUUACUGCAAAGGGGCAGAUAUCAUUCUGUUGGAAAGGCUUCAUCCAGGCAACCGAGAAUUGUACAACAUCACCACUGACCACCUCAAUGAAUACGCCGGCGAGGGCCUCCGCACGUUGGUGCUGGCCUAUCGGGACCUGGAGGAGAAAUACUACGCCGGGUGGGCCGAGCGCCUGGAGCACGCCUCUCUGGCUGGCGAGGGCCGCGAAGAGCGGGUGGCGCGGCUUUACGAGGAGGUGGAAAACGACCUGGUGCUGCUGGGAGCGACGGCUAUCGAGGACAAGCUGCAGCAGGGCGUCCCGGAGACCCUCGCCCUCCUGAGCUUGGCCAACAUUAAGAUUUGGGUCUUGACGGGGGACAAGCAAGAGACCGCGGUCAACAUCGGGUACUCCUGCAAAAUGCUGACCGACGAGAUGACCGAGGUCUUCGUCAUCUCCGGACACACCGUCUUCGAGGUUCGGCAAGAGCUGCGGAAGGCUCGAGAGAAAUUGAUGGAUUCGUCGCAGUCGAUGGGAAACGGGUUCGCCUUCCAGGAGAAGCUGUCCGCCUCGAAACUGACGUCUGUCCUGGAGGCCGUGGCGGGGGAAUAUGCUCUGGUCAUCAACGGGCACAGCCUGGCGCACGCGCUGGAAGCCGACAUGGAAGUGGAGUUCCUGGAGACAGCGUGCGCUUGCAAGGCGGUCAUCUGUUGUCGUGUGACCCCCUUGCAGAAGGCUCAGGUGGUGGAGCUGGUGAAGAAAUACAAGAAGGCCGUUACUCUGGCCAUCGGGGACGGGGCGAACGACGUCAGCAUGAUCAAGACUGCCCACAUCGGCGUGGGCAUCAGUGGCCAGGAGGGGAUCCAAGCCGUGCUGGCGUCCGACUACUCCUUCUCCCAGUUCAAGUUCCUUCAGCGCCUGCUCCUCGUUCACGGACGCUGGUCGUAUCUCCGCAUGUGCAAAUUCCUCUGCUACUUCUUCUACAAGAACUUCGCCUUCACCAUGGUGCACUUCUGGUUCGGCUUCUUCUGCGGCUUCUCUGCCCAGACUGUGUACGAUCAGUACUUCAUCACUCUGUACAACAUUGUUUACACCUCCCUGCCCGUCCUCGCGAUGGGGGUCUUCGAUCAGGACGUGCCCGAGCAUCGCAGCCUGGAGUAUCCAAAACUGUACGAGCCGGGGCAGCUGAACCUCCUUUUCAACAAGCGCGAGUUUUUCAUCUGCAUCGCGCAAGGCAUCUACACCUCCAUCUUCAUGUUCUUCAUCCCGUACGGGGUCUUCAGCGACAACGCCCACCUGGCCGACUACCAGUCCUUUGCUGUUACGGUGGCCACUUCCCUGGUCAUCGUGGUCAGCGUGCAGAUCGGCCUGGAUACUGGGUUCUGGACGGCCAUCAACCACUUCUUCAUCUGGGGCAGCCUGGCUGUUUAUUUUGCCAUCCUCUUCGUCAUGCACAGCAACGGCCUCUUUCAGGUUUUCCCCAACCAGUUCCGCUUUGUCGGCAACGCCCAGAACACGCUGGCCCAGCCCGCCGUGUGGCUCACCAUCGCCCUCACCACUGUGGUCUGCAUCAUGCCAGUCGUCGCCUUCCGCUUUCUCAAGCUGGACCUCAGACCGGAGCUCUCGGACACGGUGCGUUACACCCAGCUGGUCCGGAAGAAGCAGAAAACCCAGCACCGCUGCAUGGAUUGCAAAGAGCUGCCUCCUCCACCCCGUUCUCAGAGGGUCGCCCAGCUGCUCUCCCGAAGCCUCGUGUCCCAGGAAGUCGGGGCCACGGGGGCCACCGAAUCGAACCGAAGCAAAGAAGAGUGA